AUGGCGUCCACGAACGAACAAGCGCCCAACGCCGCUCUCGCCCCUGCUAACAACUCUGCCAACGACCCUGAGAUCCCCACGUUGCGGACAAGAUGGGCAACCCGCAAAAUGACAAUAAAGAGCAGCAACAAGAAGAGGCUCUCCCUCAUGCAUCGCGCCGCUCACAAGAAAAACAACAGUGAAAAGAGCCGCAGCUCGGGCGGCACCGAAUCGCUACAGACAGAACAUAACGUCGCUCACCCCGACCCCGAAGAAAGCAAUGGCGGCAGGAAAAUGUUCUUUAAUCUACCUUUGCCUCCGGAGCUUCUGGACGAGGAGGGCCAUCCGAGCCAACACUUUCCGCGGAACAAGAUUCGGACCGCCAAGUAUACCCCUCUCAGUUUCGUGCCAAAGAAUCUGUGGUUUCAAUUCCAGAACAUCGCCAACAUAUUCUUCCUCUUCCUCGUCAUCUUGGUGUUUUUCCCCAUCUUUGGUGGCACGAAUCCAGGCCUUAACUCAGUGCCCCUCAUCUUCAUUAUCGCCGUCACUGCGCUCAAGGAUGCCGUCGAAGAUUAUCGCCGUACUAUUCUUGACAUAGAGCUGAACAAUGCCCCCGUCCAUCGCCUGCGGGGUUGGAACAACGUCAACGUCGAGGAGGACAAUGUUUCCCUCUGGAGACGCGUCAAGAAGGCCAAUACUCGAUUUUUUGGGCUCAUAUGGCACACCAUCGAGAGUGUAUGGUCCAAGAAGGCCAGGCGAGAGUUGGCGAUGCGCAAGAGCCCGCAAUCCCUCGCAGACGCGCCGCGACCUUCGAUCGAAACCCACGUGGGCCCCCGGGACUCCUUCACCUCGCCGCGAUCCGGUCGUGACUCGUUCGUUUCCGCGCGCGAGGAUAUCCAGAUGACUCCUGUCCCGUCUCCGCUACCCCGUCAGACCCUGGAGGUGCCUCAGUCAGAUGAUGAUAAGCGGGCGAGACAGUUGAUGCAGCGAAAAGGAGACGUCUUGAACCGCAACCUCCCGAGCAAGGGCGAGGCCCGAUUCCACAAAGACCACUGGAAAGACCUUAGGGUGGGCGACUUUGUGCGAAUCUACAACGACGACGAGCUUCCAGCCGACAUCAUUGUUUUGUCGACGUCCGACCCUGAUGGGGCGUGCUACGUCGAGACGAAGAAUUUGGACGGCGAGACGAACUUGAAGGUGCGGCAAGCCCUCAGAUGUGGCCGAGCGCUGAAGCACGCGAGGGACUGCGAAAGAGCCCAGUUCUGGAUCGAGAGCGAACCUCCUCAGCCCAACCUUUACAAGUAUAACGGUGCUAUCAGAUGGCAUCAGACAUUCGCCGACGAGGCGGAGCCUGAACUCAUGACCGAGCCUAUUACGAUUGACAACAUGCUCCUCCGAGGAUGCAACCUCAGAAACACGGAAUGGGCGCUUGGUGUAGUCGCUUUUACUGGACACGACACUAAAAUUAUGAUCAACUCAGGCAUCACACCUAGCAAGCGCGCCAGAAUUGCUCGGGAGAUGAACUACAACGUUAUCUAUAACUUCGGCUUUCUCUUUGUCCUGUGCAUUCUGUCGGCCAUCAUCAACGGAGUGGCGUGGGCGAAGACAGAUGCUUCAUUGCACUUUUUCGACUUUGGGUCUAUAGGAGACACCGCGCCCAUGUCCGGCUUCAUUACUUUUUGGGCUGCCCUCAUCGUAUUCCAGAACCUGAUCCCCAUCGCUCUUUACAUCACUCUCGAAAUCGUCCGACUGCUUCAGGCAAUCUUCAUCUACAGCGAUAUCGAGAUGUACUACGAGCCGCUAGACCAGCCUUGCAUUCCCAAGUCCUGGAAUAUCUCCGACGACCUGGGCCAGAUCGAAUACAUCUUCUCGGACAAGACCGGCACAUUGACUCAAAACGUAAUGGAGUUCAAGAAAGCGACCAUUAAUGGGCAGCCGUACGGCGAAGCAUACACGGAGGCACAGGCUGGCAUGCAAAAGCGACUGGGCGUCGAUGUCGAGAAGGAGGCUGCCGAAGCCCGGGCUGAGAUUGCAGACGCAAAACUCCGUGCGAUUGACAGCCUCAGGAACCUGCACGACAAUCCCUACCUUCAUGACGAGGACCUUACUUUCAUCGCUCCUGACUAUGUUUCCGAUUUGGCUGGCGACUCCGGCAAGGAGCAACAAAUAGCAAACGAGCACUUCAUGCUUUGCCUUGCAUUGUGUCACACAGUCAUUGCAGAGAAGGUGCCUGGCUCGCCGCCGAAGAUGCUUUUCAAGGCGCAGUCCCCCGACGAGGCGGCACUCGUCGCGACAGCCCGCGAUAUGGGCUUCACCGUACUCGGCAGCUCCCAUGAGGGUAUCAAUCUGAACGUCAUGGGCGAGGAUCGGUUUUACCCCAUACUCAAUACUAUCGAGUUCAACUCAAGCAGAAAGCGGAUGAGUGCGAUCGUACGGAUGCCCGACAACCGUAUUCUCCUCAUCUGCAAGGGCGCAGACAGCAUCAUCUACUCGCGUCUCAAGAGGGGUGAACAACAAGAGCUUCGCAAGGUCACCGCCGAGCACCUUGAGAUGUUUGCUCGCGAGGGCCUGAGAACGCUCUGUAUUGCCCAGCGUGAACUCACCGAGCAUCAAUACCAGGCUUGGCGCAAGGAAUACGAUGCCGCUGCCUCGGCUCUCGAACAUAGAGAGGAGAAGAUGGAGGAGGUUGCUGACCAUCUCGAACGGGAGCUGACUUUGCUCGGAGGAACCGCCAUUGAGGACAGACUACAAGAUGGCGUGCCGGACACCAUCGCCCUACUUGGUGAUGCCGGUAUCAAGCUCUGGGUCCUCACCGGCGACAAGGUGGAGACGGCCAUCAACAUAGGAUUCUCUUGCAACCUCCUGAACAACGACAUGGAACUCAUCCACCUCAAGGUUGACGAAGACGAGACCGGCGAAACUCCCGAUGAGCACUUCCUCGGCACUUUGGAACAGGAACUCGACAGAUACCUUCACGCUUUUGGCAUGAAGGGCGACGACGAUGAUUUGGCCAAGGCGAAGAAGAACCACGAGCCGCCCGGCCCAACGCAUGGUCUCGUUAUUGACGGCUUUUCUCUCAAGUGGGUUCUCCACGACGCCCUGAAACAAAAGUUUUUGCUUCUUUGCAAGCAGUGCAAGUCGGUUCUUUGCUGUCGUGUGAGCCCUGCUCAAAAAGCCGCCGUGGUCUCGAUGGUGAAAAACGGUCUCGAUGUCAUGACCCUCUCCAUCGGAGACGGUGCUAACGACGUCGCCAUGAUCCAAGAGGCCGACGUGGGUGUCGGCAUUGCUGGCGAGGAAGGUCGACAAGCCGUCAUGUCAUCAGACUACGCCAUCGCUCAGUUCCGGUUCCUGUCGCGGUUGGUGCUCGUUCAUGGUCGAUGGUCAUACCGACGUCUCGGAGAGACCGUUGCCAACUUUUUCUACAAGAACGUGGUUUGGGUGUUUGGUAUCUUCUGGUACCAAAUCUACUGCGAUUUUGACAUUACGUACAUCUACGAGUAUACCUACAUUCUGCUGUUCAACCUGCUGUUCACCUCGGUCCCAGUCGUUGUCAUGGGCGUUUUGGACCAGGACGUUUCAGACAAGGUCUCGCUCGCAGUACCUCAACUGUACCGUCGGGGUAUUGAGCGAGCGGAGUGGACGCAGACCAAGUUUUGGCUUUACAUGCUUGACGGCGUCUACCAGUCUGUUAUGGUUUUUUAUAUUCCGUACUUGACAGUGGUUAGCACAAGCUUCGUGACCAAGAACGGCUUGAACAUUGAAGAUAGGACACGACUCGGCGCUUACAUCGCGCACCCCGCAGUUUUCGUCAUCAACGGGUACAUCCUUAUCAAUACGUACCGUUGGGACUGGAUCAUGAUCUUGAUUGUGGUCUUGAGCGACCUAACGAUCUUUAUCGUCACCGGCAUCUACACGGCUACCGAAGGAUCCAUGUUCUUUUACCAGGCCGCGCCGCAGGUCUACGCCCAGGCAUCCUUUUGGGCCGUCUUCUUCAUCGUACCCGUCAUUAGCCUCUUCCCCCGGUUCGCAAUCAAGGCGAUUCAAAAGGUGUACUUCCCUUACGACGUCGACAUCAUCCGCGAGCAAGAGCGACAGGGCAAAUUCUCUCGUCUCACCCAGAGCGACGAGGCAACGGUCAUUGGGGAGCAGGAGGCGAGCAAGACGCCGUCAAACUCGUCGGACAGCUCGCGCAAGGGUAAGCAUAUGCACUAUGCCAGUGUGGAUGAGGACAGAAGGCCAAUCUAUCCACCUUCAGUUGCGACACACACGACGCACAAUCCGCGCAGCCAGAAUGGCAGCGACGGCACCAACUACACGGGCCAUCGUCAAUCGAUGGACAUGGUACACACGCAGUCCCUCGACAUGACUCCUCCGAUGCGAUCCUCGUUCGAACGAACCCGUCCCUCCUACGACCGAGCCAGACCGUCCUACGACCGAAUACGAGCCUCAAUGGACCGCACGCGAGCCAGUUUCGAGGCCAGCAAUGACUUUACGUCGGCCGCUCGCCUCUCCCGAAUAGAGUCUAGCCAGUCGUACAGCGACCGAUUCCAUCCGCGAAGACUACGAGGUCUAUCAUUGACCAAGAGCGCCAAUAUCUAG